AGGAAUCUUGGCGCUGGUGGCUGUCGCUUUUGUACAGAGGAUCGUCACAGGUCUGCGCGCAUCCCGGCGUCACACGGAAUGGAGCGGUGGAGCUUUUCUCUGGUUAUUCUUGCUUCGAUGUGCGCGGGGAGUGCGCUAGCGAACUGCCCGGACGCGGCGAGUCUGAGUCCGUGCACGUGCGACCAUGAGGGCAUCAACUGCAUGCGCGCCAACAGUACGGCUCAGCUGAGAGAAGUAUUUAGGAGCGGCAACGCGCUCACGAGAGAGCACAACGAGCUGUGGAUACAGAAGACUCCCAUAACGUCGUUCCCAGCAGGCGUGCUUGGAAACUUCAAGUUCGAGCAAGUUCACGUCGAGCGCAACGCCAACUUGAGCGCCUUCAGCCUGGACUCUCUGAUGAACUUCAAGGAGCUCCUCAACGUGCUCAGUCUGUACGGCAACGCACUUCGGACGUUCGAAUUUGACAAGCUGCAGCGUUUCCCGUAUCUGCAAGCCCUCAACUUGGGCAGGAACCAGCUGAGGAGAAUCCCGAACAACGCAUUCCGUAACAUGCACCUGGCGGCGAUCGGGCUGAACGAAAACCCGAUCAUGUCCGUUGGGCAAAGGGCCUUCUACGCACUCCCCAGUCUCAAGGCACUCGACCUCAGCCGCACAAGGCUCACCACUCUAGGCCCAUACUCGCUGUCUGUACUACGCGCACACCCAGAGCUCACGAUUCAACUCAACAAUGCUGGAAUCAGGGCCAUUCACCGCACCGCCUUCAACUCUACGGCACCCCUUGUGCUCAACCUGCGCAACAACAGACUUGCUACUCUGGAAGAGUACCCUUUCAAACCUCUCAUCGGGCGCAUGUAUCAGAAUGCCAGGCAAUUGAAUGACCUACCUCUUCUCAACGUCGAAGGAAAUCCUCUAAAAUGCCGUGGGUGCUCGUACAAGUGGUUGGUUCACUACAAGUCCUUCGCACAAGUACGCGUCAUCCUCGUCGACUUCCAAUGUCCAGACGGUUCGGGUCUGUACAGCCUUAGCGACCGCAAAAUUCUCUGCCGGUCUUAGCUUCGCGAACCUCGGCUAUCUUAUUCAAAAAGCAUACUAUGCGCGUUGAACUUCUCAAAGUAAAUAAACAUAGUCGUCAUUGUCGUCCAUA